ACAGAAACGUUUUCAUUGCCUUUUGUCUUAGAUGUAAUGUGUUCUCCCAAUGUCAUGGUUAUUGUUAGGCAUUCGCUCAUUCAUGAGCCGUUGAAUGCUAUUUGCACUUCUUCAUCAUAGUUUUGUAAAAAAACACAUCAAAUUAGGAUGGUAGUUAUGGUCUGUUUUUGUUUGGCAUACUAAGAUCUGAGUUGUUUAUUUAAAUACCUUUGGUUAUGAGUCAGUUUUAUGUACAUCUGGAUAAAUAAAGGUCUAUUUGAUCACAUGGUUGAGAUUUGAAUUUGUUUUUUGUAUUUGUUUAUUGGAAGAUUUAUUUUAUUUUUGAAAGUUUUAUAAUUAUUUAUUUUGAAAUUAAUUGUAAUGUCUGAUUGUGAUGAAACUGAUUGUGCUCAUUAUGAAGAACCGCCGGCACCCAGGUUCAACACCAGGAGGAAGUCUGUGUUUGCUGAGGCUUACGAUCCUGAAGCUGAUGACGACGAUACAAAUAAGGUGAUUUUCCCAAAAUCUGACGAACAACGGCAAGGGCUAGCAGAAAGCGUAAAGAAAAUUCUACUCUUUAGAUCGUUAGACAAGGAACAAAUGCAUGAAGUUUUGGAUGCGAUGUUCGAGAAGAAGGUGAAAAACGGAGAUUAUAUCAUCAAACAGGGCGAUGAUGGAGAUAAUUUUUAUGUCAUUCAAUCGGGUACGUAUAACGCUUUUGUAAAGAUUGAUGACGGCAGUCAGAAGUUGAUUCACACGUAUCACGACAAGGGCAGUUUCGGAGAACUCGCUUUGUUGUACAACCAGCCGAGAGCUGCUACCAUCCAGGCCGCAUCGGAGGGAUCACUGUGGGCUCUGGAUCGUCAGACCUUCCGCCGGAUCAUACUGAAGAGCGCGUUUAAGAAGAGGAAAAUGUAUGAAACACUGAUCGAUUGCGUUCCGAUGCUCAAAACGCUGCAGUCGUACGAGAGGUUAAAUCUAGCCGAUGCUUUGAUCCCAAAGAACUACGAAGAUGGAGAUCUUAUUAUCAAGCAGGGUGACGCUGCAGAUGGAAUGUACUUCGUGGAGGCUGGAACAGUGAAGAUCACAAUCUUCAAUGAAGAAGGCAAAGAAGUUCAGGUGAAGGAGAUUGGCAAGGGUGGAUAUUUUGGAGAGUUGGCACUUGUAACUCACAAGCCACGAGCUGCGUCAGCCUACGCUGUCGGGACUACUAAACUAGCUUUUCUGGAUGUGGAGGCGUUUGAGCGACUUCUCGGGCCGUGCAUGGAGAUAAUGAAACGCAACAUAGACGACUACGAGAGCCAACUGGAGAAGAUCUUUGGAUCGAAGCACAACAUCACUGACGUGCGAUGAAACUUCGGCCCCACCUCGUAGAAAACCUCACCACCACAAACUUUCACCAAAUUAGUGUCAUCGUAUCAAACCAGUCUAGUUACGUUGAACUGUCGAGAUUUAGUUUAUGCUACAGGCUGCCUAUCGUAACAUGUAUGUUAUUUUGCUGAAACUUUAGUCGUAAAAACGAAAUGACGGGAAUAUUUUUAUUGUUGACCACAAAAUUUUUUGUCUUGGUUGAACCUUGUGUAUUAUGUUUAUAAAGUUUGGUUAUAUAGAGUAUUUUAUUGUUAUUGUUAUCUUUUAAUAAAUUUAUUUUUUCGUUACUAGUUUCAGUACUUAUGACAAAAGAGUUUGAUGUCAUCUUGGAAUGUCUAAAGUUGAAAGUAUUAGACAAAGCUCAUACUAGAACUUGGAAUAACAGGGAAUAUUUCAGUCUCUUUCUAUAGAGGAAACUGUGAUUUCAUGUUACACGAGUCAGAAUCGCUUGCUUGCGCUUGACUUGUAGUAAUUUAUUUAGGUACAAAUUCACAGUAUUUCUCCAAUUACAGACGAUUUGUCGUGUGAAACAGUAUUGUUAUUGUAUGUGUGCAAUCCCCGUAAAAGACUUAUCCCUGUGUGGCGUCAUGGGUGAGAUUUUGAUCGGUUUAUCGGCGUAUUCUAUCUAGCAAUACAUAUGCAUUUUUAAUGAAAAGAACAUUUGUAUUGUGUUCAAUAUUGUUUCCCCGGGUGUUUUGACCUGAGAGUUUUCUAUUGUUUAUAACUCAUGUUUGUAUUGAUGUGGAUUGCUGUCGCCCUCAUACCAUGUAUCUUUGUGAGCAAGUUAACUGUCUAACCCACAACAUGGUCUGUGUGAUUUCUAUAGCGUUGGAUAUUUGUUUUCUUCAUUAUGUCGUAAAGUUAUCAAUUUCAAUUGUUUUCUAUGGAUCUAAUAAAGUUCUGUACUGAUUAGAAAGUGUUGCGUGAAAUAUCGGUUUGAUUAAAAUUUGCUAGUUUUACAAUAACUUGUAUUAUAAUUGAAAGUAUUAUGCACAAAUAUCUUAGUGUACAUGAGGUAAUAUGUAAUCGGUUUGCUAGAAACUAGGGAAGAAAUAGAAAGUUUGCGAACUUUAAAUCUAGUCAUCACAAAUCAUUGUUGUUAAUUUUAUAUUUUAUUGAUUUGUUACAAAGUUGAAAUAGUCUAUUGCAGAGGAACUUAGGGCUUCACAAGUGCAAUUGAUAAUAUUCUGUUGCCGCUUUGUAAUUUCAUGUUUAAAUUAUUUUUCUCGUUUUAUCCAACCAAUUUUUUACAUUAAGAUGAAUUACUGACAGUUUUAAUUUUUAUUGCAACUUAUUUUAAUAUUUACAAUGAAACAUAUAAAAUAAACUUGACAAUCAUUUUCAAACAGUUAACAGCCCAACACAGAACUGCCCAAAGUAUGUUACGUGACCGAACAAGGAAGACUUAUUGUGCAAUUCACAUUUGAUUACCUUAUGGAUUUGAUACUAUACGUCUUAUACUGUCAAUGCACAGAGUUCUGUAUUUUCACAUGUUUGUUUUUUAACAUAUUAGAAUAUGUUUAUUGUUUUCAGCUGUUUGCAGUUUUGUCGUAAGUUGUUUACGUGUGGUGUAGUAGAUGAACAGUAUUACAUUUCGAGACUCGGCAGACGUCUAGAUGUGCACAGAUCUUGCACAAAGCACUAAGAUUGUUUGAGUAAGAUAAUCGUUAGGAGGAUCUUAAUAAUUAAUUUUAGAUUUUCCUUUAAAUUGUAAAUAAUUUUUGUUAGGUUGUAUUGAGAAUGAAGAGUGCAUUGGAAUUGUUUGUAAAAUUUUACAUUUAAGUUUACUCUAUGUAGUCAAUAUUUUAAAAUAAAUUUUGGCUUAAAGUAUAUUAAGAUUUUAAAAAAAUAAAAAUUUCAAUGGUGUGUUUUUUAUAAAUUAUUAGUUUUAUCAUAUCAGUUAUCAACCCUAAUUUCAAAUUAUACAUACAUUUAGGCAAAGAUUUUUUUAUUAUGUCUUCCUUAAUUUUUUUGAUUUCAUACUCGUAAUCGAUCGGAAUAAAGCGUGAUAUUUCCACUCGUCUUAACAUCACUAGCCAUUGCUGCGGACAAAUGGGUAAUUUUAUAAUGGACAUAAUUCAGUGGGUCCAAACAUUAGUUUGUGUGAAAGUGAGUAUGUCUUAUGUCGUGCCAUUUGUGUAAUCAAAAUACAUGUUAGGAUAGUUCGUGUCUAUUGUACGGUACUUCCUCAUUCUAAAAAUAUUGUGUUCAACCCUAAAUUGUUCUCUUCUAAGCCAGACAUACUGAAUACAUUUUGUUUUUGAUCCAGAUCUGAAAUUUUACAGUUUUUCACUAUUUGCGUCAGAAACAUGUAUGGGGAAAUAUGUUCCUUCUCGUAUGAAAUCUUGAAACCGAAGACAAGGUACUUUACUAUCUAGUGAUUAAAAAAAAAAUUAUGAACAUUCCAUUUGACUCUUGAGGUCGUGUUAUAAAAUUGUAAGUUAAAAUAAUAACCUAAAAUAGUAUUUAAAACGAGCUUGUAUAUUGUAUUUUCAAUGUUUUGUAUAUAGUAAGAGUGUUAAGCAACAGAACAAUUUAAAAACACUUUACGUUAAAGUAAUUUAAAAAAAUCCAAACAAUAAUUUGUCGAAAUUCUACAAAAUAGCUUUAUAUGGUGCUUACUCUUUGAAACUGAUAGUUUUAGUACUUCAUGAAAUCAUUCUUAGUGUUUCUUUCAACUCAUACUGGAAGUUCUUUGUUUCUUUUCCUCAAUCAGAGCUACCUUUAAGUGAGUUUUACCCUAAUUGUAUUAUACGCAAUCAUUGUUAUUGAUUAGUGUUAAGAUUCAUGUUUUCUCAGGAUUGUUAAACACAACGAUCUAAUUUGAGAGCUUACAACAGGUUCUAGUUUAACUUUUAGGUAGUUUUGUUUUGUCGGGCGUAGAAUUGGUUGUGGUUUUCAUGUGUUUUAUCUAAUUCCAUAACACAGUUUCGUUAAAGUGCCAUGAGUUCAGAUCUGUUGAGAUUUGCAUAUUUGCUUAUUUAUUGUCACAUUAGUGUUAAGUAUAGAUAUAUUAGUUGUUAGCUCUUCAAAGCCUUUACUUACAGUACCUGUUUUAAUUGGGUGGCCCACGCGCAAAUCAAUAUUUAAAAAAAAUAUGUAUUUUUAUUUUUAAAUUAAAACAAUAACUAUUCCUCGUCUUCCCUAAAAAUUAUUGUUUAGUAAUGCAGGUUUAACGUUGACUAUUGGAUAUUGAAGUAGACAUCCCAUCUAUAUGGACCGACCAGCUGUAAUUGUUUUUUUAAGGACAUAGUUAAACGAGUCACUUACAAAAUGAAAUUCAGUCUGAAAUAUUAUUUUUUACUGUGAUAGUUGAUGUGGAAAAUGUGUAAUAGUUUACAACGAGCAGUCCUUUCAUCUAGUCUUGGUUGAAACUGUUCAAAGGUAGAUGCAUUAGUCAGAAAUCAUUAAUUUACAUCAGUACAUUCUGCCUGUGACUCAAUUCAUCUAUGUUCAAUUUAGUUGCAAAACUGGAUGCAACUAUGGAAUGGAAUGUCUAGUUCUAUCCUUGUCAAAGAUUUUAAAAUUUACAAAACAGGAGAUUGCAACUGUUGAAUAGAGAAAACCCGAAAUGUAAAUACAAAACUCAGGGCUGGAAAGGUCAACCUGCUUUCGGAAGUCCUUUGAUGUUUGACAUGUUGUUAUGCUUGAGCUGCCGAAGCAGGGAAGCAUAUCAGAUACUUGUAGAUAAGACAUUUUUCACCAAAUCAGCUGUUUAACAGAGAACUAUCAAUAAGCUGUUAAAAUCUUAACCGCUUAUUGAUAGUGAGAUGGUGACAUCACUUGGUGAAAAGUGCUUUCCGAGGUGUCGUUAGUUCACUUGGUAGCGGCACGAGUCACAUCACGUAGCGUAAAUUCAGUUGUAGUUCAUGUAAAUUAUCUCACACCAUCUCCUGUACAGAAUUAUGCAUAACUAAAGAGUAAUAAAUUGCUUUAAACA